AGCCAUUUUGGCUCAAGGCUCGAACCCUUGGGCGUGCGCAUGCGCCCGGGUGCAGCUCUGAUGGCCGAGGCCGGGGCAGAUGUUGAGCGGUCGCCCGCGGGCGAGGCCUGCGCGGAGGCCCCGGGCUGGCGGGGGUCCCGCGGGAGCGCGCGGGGCGAGCAGCCGGCGGCGCCCGCGGGCUCCGCGGAGAUCUUGUCGGCCCUGGCGGAGCUCAAGGCAGACCUGCGCGCCGGGUUCGAUCAGCUCCGCGAGGAGCUGAGCCCGGACGGCGGGCGACCGGAGCUCAAGACGUCGAGCAGGCCGACCGUUCAGAGCUACGCCCAGACCGCCACCGACAGCUGGCCCUUGAAGAGCUCGAGGCAGGCGCUUCACCAGAGCGCCGCCCGGUCCAGCAGGCCCGACGAUGAGAUCCCGAGCCCGCAGCUGUCGCUGUCGAAAGGCCCCAGGCACGGGGCGGAGUCCGGCACUUCGUCGGAGAUGGUCAUGGUCCACGCGGAUGACAACGUAAACGACAUGACGUUGAACGGGAAGGGCGGCGGCGCGGGGCGCAGGGGCUCCAUCAAGGAGAGGCACCCCGAGCUCGCCAGCCGGGCGCUCGCCAGGCUGGGGAUACUGAGCAGCGACAGCCAGCGCAGCCUCUCGACGGACAAGCGCGCCGUGAUCCGCACCUUCGCCCACCACCUGGUUGUUACUCACGGCAAGUUCUUCGACAUCUUCAUCGGCGUGGUCAUCAUAGUGAACACCGUUUGCAUCGGUGUGGAGAUGCAGCUGAUGCUCGACCAGAACCCGUCCGUGCAGGUGCUGCACGACAUGGAGCACGCCUUCCUCGCGUGCUUCGUGGUCGAGGUGCUGCUCCGCGUCCUGGCCCUCGGGAUUAGCAAGGUCGUCCAGAGCAGGUGGUUCAUGUUCGACCUCGUCAUUGUCUCCACCGGGGUGACAUCCACCUGGAUCGUCGAGCCCAUCGUGGCCCGGAACGCCGUCGACUCUGGCGCCGUGGAGCUCAUGAACCAGGUCAUGAUCAUCCGGUUCCUGCGGCUACUGCGGAUCGUACGCGCGCUGAGACUUGUCGAGAUUUUCAAGGACCUCUGGACCAUCUGCCGCGGCCUGGUGCAGGCCGCGCGCUGCGUGACCUCCGCCUGCGCGCUCAUCAUCGUCGUGGUGUACGUCAUGGGCUGCCUGGCGGUGGAGGUCAUCACGCUCUCCGAGGUGCUGCUAGCCAACGCCGAGUCCGCCGCCAUCGUCCACAGGCACUUUGACACACUUCCAGUCGCCAUGAUGACCAUCUUUCAGUUUUGCGAGAGUGAUUAUGUUGCUGCUAUAUACGCGCCGCUCGUCCACGUGCAACCAUCUUUGGCAAUAUUCUUUAUCAUUGUCUGGCUGGUCCUGAGCGUGCUGAUCAUGAACUUGGUGACGGCCGUCAUCGUGCAGAGCGCGAUCGGCCAGCACGAGGAGGACACGGAGAUGCAUAGGCUGGAGGUGCGGAAGCAGCUGUGGAAGCUCACGCCAUCGAUCGAGAAGAUGUUCAGCGAUCUGGACAAAGACGAGGACAACGCGAUUCUCAGAGAGGACCUGAUGAACAUGGACCUGGCGUCCUUCAGGAUCCCGAGCGACUUGUCGCCCAUCGUGAAGGCCGACCAGUUGAUGGAGCUCUUUGACUUCUUCGACAUGGACCGUAGCGGCAAGGUCGAGCAGGAAGAGUUCGUGGAGGGCGUCUUUCACCUGGCGCUAUCCAACGUCCCCGCUGAGACCACGCAGACCUUGCAUAUCCUUCGCAUGAUUCAGAGGCGCCUGUGCUUCAUGGAGAACUCGAUUGAGACCCUCAUCCAAGACAGGAGCACGGACAACACCUGCAUGCAGGCCGACGACCCCGCUUACUGAGAGACCCGGCGCGCCCUCGGAGUGAGCGAGAAGGCCAGGGCAUCGGCGUGCAUUCGCCCCGAAGUGGCCAGCACCCGACUUGCAUGAUCGGCGGCCUCAUGAGUUUGCAGCAUCCCGGAGAGGGAACGCGAUGGAAUCAUUGCCUGCCGCCGCGAAUGACCCACUUCGGUUUGAUUGACACUGCUUCACUCUUUGCCGUGGCGCGUUUACAACUUGUCGCCGUGGCUUCUCCCGAUACUGCUAUCUGAAGGCACCUAGGUCAUGAGUCUUUACGCCAUUACCUUGAGCAUCAGCUUGAGACUCUGGCUGAAUGAGUUUUUUUUUUGUUCGCGCGCUCGCAGCGUUGACACUGCUGUUAUUCUUCUCUCGACUCCUCUGAUGGCUGCGUCCGUCUCCUCUUCCUCCCGACUACGCCCCACCGCCUGCAGCUAGAGAUGAUUAAAGUUUGCUCCAUCGCAAGCAUCACCCGAUUGCAUUGCGCGUGGCUUGUGACUGUCGUGGGCACGGUGCCCGAUGCCCGAAACGUGGGACGCCCCUCACUCUGUUUUGUCGGCAUGUUCCUGACGUAAUUCGGUCAGACUGCAGUGCUGUUUGGUUCCAGUGGGGCUGUCAGACGCGCGCUCCAAAA